AUGCCCCUUACGGAAAGCCAACCUACAAAUACGUCGGACGCUCUCGACGCGCUUCGAGCUCUGUACGACACCGGUAAAUAUGCAGAUAUGAAAAUCCGUUGCGAAGAGAAAGUGUUUGAUGUUCAUCGCGCGGUAGUUUGCAUCCGAUCACCGGUGAUUGCUGCGGCUAUGGAUGAUGAUCGUUGGGAAGAAGCUGCAAAAGGCGAAUACCAUAUGAGUGACGAAGAGCUGCCGGUCGUGGAAGCGAUGAUUAAUUAUUUGUACUGUGGAAAUUAUGAUGAUCAGGUAGCCUUGGGAAGUGAAGAUUCGGAUGAUGAUUCGCAGGUUGAACCGCCGUCGAGUCCUCCCAAACAGGUGACAGAAGCAAUCAUAUUUGGACAACGACAUGAGAUAAGGCGACAGGCUUUUGGAGGAUUUGGACAGAUGGUUCCUCAAGUUGCUCCCCUUACGAAACCAUCAUCAUUACUCUUCAAUGCCAAAGUAUAUAUCAUCGCCGAUAAAUACACGAUCCCGGCUCUCAAAAGCCUAGCACAUGAGAAGUUUACAAAAAGCUUGAGAGACCAUUGGAAUACUCCAGAGUUUACUGCUAGUGCAGAGUUCCUUUGGGAAAACACUCCUGGGUCUGACGUGCUACUCAGGAGAGCUCUGGUCAAAACUGCUGCGACAUACAUCAAUGUUUUACUUGAUAGAGGAGAGUUUGUGGAGUUUAUGUCAGAACAUGGAGAAUUUGCUGUAGGGGUCAUGAAGAAAAUAAAUGGAAGAGAUGACUUAGUUGGGACCACUUCCAGUGUUGACCAAGGGGCCAGGAAUUCCGGAAAACACAAGAUGGUGGCGCUACCUAGACCUGCGAGGCAAUACUUCUAG